AUGUCGAAUUCAACUACAGACCCCGAUGCAUACUUAUGCUAUGACAAGGGGCUAAUUUUACCAAUAGUUAACGAAUCUACAUGGUCAACUGGUGCACGAAUUACGGUCUAUCUAAUUGGGUUGAUAUAUUGCCUUUAUGGCGUCUCCAUCAUUACUGGCAUUUUUAUGUCCUCUAUUGAAGUGAUCACCAGUAAAACAAAAACUGUGAAUAUAGCGAAUCCGAAGGCUCCAGGAGGAACACAGAAACUUAAAGUGCGGGUGUGGAACUCUACUGUGGCCAAUUUGACCCUAGUGACGCUGGGGUCACGGACCACUGAAAUUCUUCUCUGUCUGAUUGAGAUUGUUGGUAAUGGUUUCCAUGCCGGUUAUAUUGGUCCAAGUACAAUUAUCGGUUCUGCUGCUUUCAAUCUCCUUGUCAUCACUGCAGUGUGUAUUGCUUGUCCUCCAAUCGGAGAAGUCCGCUACAUCAAGCAGAUUAAAGUUUCUACACUCACAGCCGCCUUCUCUAUUAUUGCUUAUAUUUGGCUGCUUUUGGUUCUGCUUGUCAUUACCCCAAAUAUUGUUGAACUUUGGGAGGCUAUAUGCACGUUUAUCUGUUUUCCAAUCCUCGUCGUAAUAGCGUUUAUGGCUGACAAGGGUUACCGUGGAAGAAAUGUUGCUAAAGAUGACGAUAAACAGGCUCUACUCGGCAUUGGUAAUGUUACCAGAGAGGGUGUAGCUGAUGUGAUGAAAGAGAUGGGCAAGCAUCCAGAUAUAACCCAAGAACAAGCUGCAACAAUUGCAGCCAUCGAGGCUGAGAAGAACUCUCCUCACACCAGAGCUUGGUAUCGUGUGAGUGAAACAAGGAAUAUGACUGGAGGACAAAAACUGAUUCCCACUGUGGAUCCUAAAUUACUCUUGGCAUAUGACCAAGUCAAGAUGGGCAGCUCUAUUUCAAUUGGGUCCACACUGUUUCCUGAAAUUCCAAUAGUGGAAUUUGCUGCUGCAUCAUGUGCUGUGUAUGAACACGAGAAACGAGUACGUGUUUGGAUUAACAGAAAAGGAAACAUACACCCUCAAAUUGUAUUCAAGUUUGAGACAUUGGAUGGGACAGCUGAAGCCGGUUCUGACUACAUAGCACAGCGUGAUACUAUGGUGUUCGGAUCCAAUGAGACACAGAAGUUCAUUGACAUUGAUAUUAUUGAUGACAACGAGUGGGAACCAGAUGAAGUGUUUUUUGUGAAGCUGUCAGUAGACAGUAAAAGUGGAGCUAAGUUGGGAAAGAAACACAUUAUGCAAAUUACCAUUAUCAAUGACGAGGAACCAGGAACCUUUGAGUUUACGAUGCCAAGCUACUUAGUGAAGGAAAGCAUUGGUGUGUUACAGGUACCAGUCUCCAGAAACAAUGGAACUGAUGGAAAAGUUGUCUUGAAAUGGAAAACAACUGACAUGACUGCGAUCUCUGGUAAAGACUAUGAAGGUGGAAAAGGAGAGUUAGUAUUCGAACAUGGCGAGAAACAAAAGAGUAUAGACAUUCCGAUUGUCGACGAUCAAGAGUAUGAAAAAGAUGAGUCAUUUAAACUUGAACUGCUAGAGGUUAGCGAUGGAGCAAAACUUGGAAAAACCAGGACGUCUGUCAUAACAAUUGUGAAUGAUGAUGAGUUAAACAACCUACUUGAUCGUGUAGUCUCAAUAACCAAUGUCAACUUGGAUCGUCUCCGUAUUGGUAAUGCUUCGUGGGCCGAUCAGUUCAAAGAAGCAAUGAACGUGAAUGGUGGAGAUAUUGAAAGUGCUACUUGGGUGAUAUUUGCUUUGGUUCCACCUCCGUCAUUCCUUGACUCCGGUGGAUGGAUCUCUUUUUGUGUGGCACUCACCUUUAUCGGAGUACUCACUACAAUCAUUGGUAGCUUGGGGUCGAUAUUUGGUUGUCUUAUCAAUAUGAAGGACAGUGUGACAGGCUUGACAUUUGUCACGUUAGGGACCUGCAUAGUAGAUCUGUGUGUCUCUAAGAAGGCCUCUGUCGGUGAGAAGUAUGCUGAUUGUUGCAUGACAGGUAGUUAUUCUGUCUAUGUGUUUUUUGGUCUUGGAUUGUCGUGGGUGACAGCGUCCAUAUAUUGGACAUCUAAGGGACUCGUAUUUGUAGUGGAUUCCAGUUCAUUUUCCUUCAGUGUUAUGAUGUACAUUAUCUGUGCCAUUAUGUGUUUGAGUCUCUUGGUCUUACGACGCUUUACUCCAUUUUUUGGAAAAGCGGAACUUGGAGGACCUACAGCAGGUCGAUAUUUAUCUAGCAUAUUCUUGUUACUGUUGUGGUGUCUUUACAUUCUCCUCUGCUCCUUCCAAUCUUAUGACUACAUUGAUUUCUAA